AUGUCGUCCCACUCCGCCACCCAGAACCUGGCCCCGAUCAUGCCCUUCAUCGAACCAAUCGAACCCAUCGAGCUACCCUCCGUCUUCGGCUUGCAAACCUCGGCCAUCAACCCCACCUCGACUGACUGCCCCUCGCGUCUUGGCCAGGCCCCCCAGAAUCCUACCGCCUGGAAAGGGAAAGCCAAUGCCACUAGCACCAAUUCAUCUAACCAGUCCACUCAGGCUGCAGACAAGCACCGCAGAACUGCCUCUGAAGAAGAAGCUGUCAUUGAAAAAACACGGAUGGAACUGGAGCAGAAGAUUAGCGAACUCAACCAGCUCAAAAACCAACUGGCUCAAACCGAGCAACGUGAACGUGAACUGGCCUCACGCAUCACCACUUGA